AUGCCCAUCGACAACUCCCUCGGUGAUUUGCUAGCAUCUUCAAAGCCGUCAGCACACCAGAAUACCGAUCAGGCAACACCACUGCCGAAGAAUUUUGGCAUCACGCGAUACACAUUGCACACUAGCAACGUUAUACAUGGCCAUUGCUCGGAUCGAAGCCCUAGCUUCGUCGGUGUCAUCCAGUCCACGCUUGCCUAA